AUGGUUGAUGUAUUUGUCAACGAUGGAUGGUGGUUUGGGUUUAUCAAUGGUAAAACUGGAGAAGAGUACAAUGUCUACUUCCCAACAACUGCGGAUAACAUUACCUAUUCUUAUGAUGUGUUGAGAUUUCAUCAAGAAUUGUCGAACAAAGAAAAUAAGGAGAACAAAGCUGCAAAAUUAAGAGCUCUGAUGAGGAUGACGUUAUUGUUAUAUCCUCAGAUUGUGAUUACAUUGGAAACAGCGAGAAGAUUCAAGUGCAAAAAUUUGUUGACUGAUGAUGAGUCUGAGCCACUAGAAGAUGUUGUUGCUACAACCGAGGUCUACCGUGUUCCACUUCAUCAAUGUAAAAUAGUGUCGGAAAAUAGAUUCCAUUUGUAUGAUAUGGUUGAUGUAUUUGUCAAUGAUGGAUGGUGGUUUGGGUUUAUCAAUGGGAAAACUGGAGAAGAAAUCAAGUGCAAAAAUUUGUUGACUGAUGAUGAGUCUGAGCCACUAGAAGAUGUUGUUGCUACAAUCGAGGUCUACCCUAUUCCACUUCAUCAAUGUAAAAUAGUGUCAGAAAAUAGAUUCCGUUUGUAUGAUAUGGUUGAUGUAUUUUUCAACGAUGGAUGGUGGUUUGGGUUUAUCAAUGGGAAAACUGGAGAAGAGUACUAUGUCUACUUCUCAACAACUGCGGAUAACAUUACCUAUUCUUCUGAUGUGUUAAGAUUUCAUCAAGAAUUGUCUAACAAGGAAAAUAAGGCAAGCUUUUAA